AUGCAUGAUAACAAAAACGUCCCGUGUAAACUGAAAAAUCUUCCAGAGGAGCUGACCAACAUUUUCUUCACAGAUCUAGGCAAUGGCUGGUUUCGUUAUGGAAAAGCAGCAAUCAAACUCUUUACAGAGAGGAAAAACUGGACCGAUGCUCGUAGCCAUUGUCAGUCAUUAGGUGGUGAUCUUCUCUCUAUUACCAGCUCACAUGAAAAUGACUUUGUCCACGAUGUCUUCGUGGAGAACCUCAAUUUGACAUUUCUUCAAGAUUUGAAUGAGCAUGGAGUAUGGAUUGGUCUCAACAACCCAGAAGGCAGUGCUGGCUUUAGCUGGUCCGAUGGUACCCCUGUGGGGCAAUUUAUGAACCUACCAAACUACAAUCCAGAGCCCAACAAAACGGGUAGAAAGUGUGUUGCCAUGGCAAAGGAUAAGAAAUGGUUGGAUAAGCACUGUGAUUUGAAGUACCCAUUCCUAUGUGAGAAACCUGCACCACCUUAG